CACAAUUUUCUUCCACAUUUAACUCUCCUCCAUUGUUUCUGUCACAUCCCAAUUCUCUCUUACUCCCCACAACGAUUUUCUUAUAUUUUCACUUUCUUUCCCUGCUAACCUUUUUUCUCCUCUUGUUUCUUUUAUGCAUUGCGUUCUUCAUUGGCACUUUUUCUUGUGUUGUAAAGAUUGUAUAUUCUGGAAGAAAUACCAUGGAAUCUAAACACUUUGACUCCAAUGGGGAAGUCUCUCUAAAGCAAAAAUCAAAAUCCAUUUCAGCUGAGCCAACAGUCUCUACUUGUGAAAAUGAUUGCUUUGAUUGCAAUAUUUGUAUGGAAGCAGCAUAUGACCCUGUGGUUACACUCUGUGGUCAUCUUUACUGUUGGCCAUGCAUAUACAAGUGGCUGCAUCUUCAAAACUCAUCUGUUGAACAAGAUAAGCAGCAGACAUGCCCAGUUUGUAAAUCUCAGAUCUCUGACACCUCAGUAGUCCCUCUCUAUGGCCGUGGAACAUCAAAUUCAGAAUCAAAAGCCAAGAAACUCCAAAUGAGUCUUGGAAUACCUCACAGGCCACCUCCUUACAACUUGAAUGAUAUGUUAACUUCUUCUGCUCCUGCACCAGCACAUUCUGGCCACCAAAUUCGUCCAAGUUAUUUCCAGUCACAGCCAAGACCAUUCCAUUAUCAGCAGUACUUCCCUCACCUCUAUGAAAGCUAUGGCACUAAUGGAUUGCCUUAUCUUGGAGGUGCUGCCAUGACUAGUUUCUUUAAUCCUAUGAUUGGUAUGUUUGGUGAGAUGGUCUUGACAAGAAUUUUUGGGGUGUCUGAUGCAAACUUGUUUCCAUACCCUCAUAGUGGAAAUGGCAGUCCCAGAAUGAGAAGGCAAGAAAUGCACAUUGACAAGUCUCUGAACAGACUUUCCAUCUUUCUCCUAUGUUGUAUCAUUUUGUGUCUUCUAUUGUUCUGAAGACAUUUUACUGCACACACUGUAUAGGCACUCAUGUUCAGCUCUGAAUAUUUAUGUUGUUAGGAUCUACCUAUAGGUUGUUCCAUCAUGUGGAUAGUAGAAUUUAGAAAAUAUAUUGUGAUUAUGAUAUUGGUCUUGUUAUUUUAUGAUGAGUAUGGCAUACAUGUGGUGCUAAAUGACCUACAAACCAGAUGGAGCACAGUUAGGAAGAGGUAUGGUGAAGAAGAAUUCUUAGAGUUUCAAGAGGCUUCAAACGUGACCAUGAAAAUAUGUUCUCUCCCUUCCCUCCUUUGUGUUGAAUCAAUUUGUAUUGGAACUUGUUUAUUCUUAA